AUGGCAUCGCCCAUGGUGCCGGGCAUCCAGAGCCCGCAGCUCAACAGCAGCGGCGCCACUCAACCGCAGACCUUCUAUCCCGGCCUGUCCUUCAACCGUCCUGGUUCUGCCAUGAACAACUCUCGCCCAGGAAGUGCAGCUUCACCAGCUCUCAACGGCCAGCCUGGAGUGUCUCCUCAUCCUCCUCCGGCUCAACCGUCUCCCAACAUGCAAAAUCAGCAGGCCCACGCACCGCCGUCUGCACAGAAGCAAACACCCGUACCCGUGCCUGCCUUUCCUGGACAACAGCAGCAAGUCGCCCACGCCGCUGUCCAACCUCCGAUCGUCUCGUCAGAUGUGGGAAACCCAACCCAAUCUCCAUCCCCCGCGCCCACCGCAAAUAGCGCGUCGGGGUCGGUGCCGCCUUCCGGGAGCAAGAUCCAACUACCGCCGGACCUGCUUAAGGCGCAGAAGUUCUCGGAGGAUUACACGAAGCUGUGCACCUUGAUCACGGAGAGCGACCCGGAGGCUGUUCGACGAGCCAUGCGAGACCAGUUCGAGAAGUGUAUGCUGGGUUCGGCUUACCACAUGGCCUUUAUCAUGAACGUGGCUAUGCACCGCGCGGAGCGCGGCAUUCUCAGCAGAGCCGUCAGGGAUUUUGGCGCAAAGAUCGUAUCGGAAGGCAAGGCAGAUCUAAUCAAGUGGAUGAAGGCGACGGACCUCGACGAGGUCUCAGACCUCAUCCUCGCCAAGGCGAGCGACACGUUCCUCGACAAGGCUCUCGUCAUGCGCCUGCCCUCGAUCGAAGCUCGACGUCUCGUGAAUGCCCUCGCCCGGGCUGAACGACUUGGCUACGACAAGAACGACAUUGUCGAGAACGAGCACGUCAUCCCGACGGUGGCCCCCGGCGCACCUCCCGCAAACCCACCACCGCCGCCCGCCUCUUCUGCACCACCGGCUGCACCGCCGGCUGUUCCUAUACAAUCAGUUAACAGAGACCUAACACCUCCCGCGAACAUUGGACCCAUUCCACGUUCCUGGAUCUACACAACUGCCACGGGGCAACGUCGGCACGGGCCCGAGGAUCACAACAGACCAGAGUGCACCUUCUGUCGCCGCAUCUUCGAACAUAUGUCUGCAUGGACUCAUCACGUCAAAAAGAGAAUUUGCACUCGGGCCUUGGCCAGAGUCAAUGCCAGCGGCGAUAUUCUACUUUGCCCCCACUGCGGUCAAUCAUUUGGUGCCCACUAUGGGUUGCAGUACCAUAUGAUGAACAAGGUCUGUGGCGACUUCGGGCCGGUCACCAAGGAGGACUGCCAGAACAUCAGGUCGAUGCCAGGGCCGCCAGCGAAUGCUUCAUAUGGAUUCAACCCCUCUACCAAGCGCCCUGCGCCGGAUAGCACUCCUACUCAAUAUACCGCCAGCAGCAGUCCAGCUCCCUCUCAGACGCCGGCCUAUGUGAUGCAGACGCCCCAGUCGCAGUCCGUUCCCUCAUCGCAAAGCACACCCGCGAGCAUUCAAAUCGCUGGCAUCCAAAAGCCUCCCCUCGGUACCCCUCAGGCAAAGGACAUGGCGCAUCUCACAGCAAGUCAAGUGCAGUGCCUUCUCGGAGACCUGCUGCGCGCCGAAGAAGACUUCAAGAGCAAGAUCGCGACCGCCAAGGGACUUGGACUCAGCGAGGCCGAGUUGGAAAAGAAGAUGCAGAGCUUCCGCAACUCAUACGCGUGCAAACAGAGCACCGUCCGCAAGAAGUACGGUAUCAGGCUCCGCGAGCGCCGUGGCCGGGCCGAGAUGGUUGCCGAGCGUGAUCAGAUGGGAUACGGAACGGGCCCUCGAUUGGGAACACCUGGUGCCUCGCAAACGAAUGGUGCCGACAAGCACGCGGACAAGCGCGCCCGCGUGAACGGUGCCGGGGACGCUGCCGUCACUUCGAUCGAGGAGCAGACUCCGCAACCGCAACGUACGCCGAUUAAGCAAGUGGCCGUUGCUGACAUCGGAGGCGGACUAACCGGUUCGAACGCGACCGCGGCGAUGGAAGACCCGACAAUGAGCAUGUCGCAACCGCCGCAACCAUCGCAGGCGGAGUCCUCCCGCCCGUCAUCGUCAUACACCCAGGGCAAUUAUCGCGUUCAGGUCCACGUGCCGAGCCCGUCUACAAAGAAGAUCUUGGCUGGAGGGCCGAAGGGUCCUCCCAAUGCCAGCUCACCGUCUAAGCAACAGAGCGCUGGCAUGACGGCGCAAGAGCUGCUGCGACAGAUGAGCGGCGACGUGCAGGUCAUCGACGAUAGCAGCAGCAGCAGCGAAGCAGAAUCAGAUUUCGACUCGGACUCGGACUCCGGAACGGAUGAUGGCAAUGGCGGUCGAGGGAUUAAGUCCGAACCACCACAGGUCUGA